AUUUAUUGAGUCAUUCAUUGAGAUGUAUCAGUGUUUAGUGGAUGGUAACGUCCUAAUUGUAAUGAUUUCCUUAUUGUGCAUACAGUAUAUACAGUAGGCCUUCACAGCUCUACCGAGACAUGUGCUGCCAUCUGGCGGCUGUAGUGACACAUGACAGGGAAACGACUAACGCAGUUUCGAGCCAGAUGAGCUGCUGCGCGCUGGAUGAGGAGGACUUCCGGCGCUGCUGUCUCCUCCUCUUGCAGAUGUCCAAGCAGCUGGGAGACGGCUGGAGCUGGGAGCCCGUCCAGGGAUCGGAGGAGGGCUACCUGAGGAAGACCGCUGUCAGGUCGGUCUCCAUCGACCCGGAAGGAUCCGGUCCAGACUCGGAGCCGCGCGCCUCUGGUCCGCCCUGUCCUGAUCAGCAGGGAGGGGAGGAAGGAGAGUCAGCUCCUACAGCGCCAGCUGGUACCCACAGCCUCCGCGGGGUCACAGAGGAAGAGGACGAGGAAGAGGAUGACGGGGUCUGCGUGGUGUCUGGAGGCAGCAGCCAGGUCCUUCAGUACGAGUAUCACAUCCUGCACUCCUGCAGCUAUGCUGCUCCUGUGCUCUACUUCAGAGCCUUCACGCAGGAGGGGAGGAGCCUGUCACUGGAGGGGAUGUGGAGCUCCGUCCAUCCCAACUACAGGCUCCGGCUUCAAAGCAGCCCCCUAAACACCAUCAGCCUGCAGGAGCAUCCUCUGCUGGGUCAGCCCUUCUUCAUGCUCCACCCCUGCAGGACAGAGGAGGUCAUGAGACCCGUGCUGCAGGCGGCUCAUGAACAACACAGACCGGUGAACUACGUGCUGUCGUGGCUCAGUGUUGUGGGUCCUGUGGUGGGUCUGGACGUCCCUCUGAAGUACUCGGCCCUCCUCGGUCCUGCAGCCUCUCCGGGCAGCAGCAGCGACCCAGACUGAGCUUGUGUGCAUCGCGGGGAGUCUUGAGUACUUGGAAUACUGAGGCUGGAUUAAGAACCCCGAAUCUUCCGAGGCGCCGAAGGCGACGCGUUGUUGGGAUGAACCUUUGUGCUUAUUUUAUUGUGUUCUUUCAGCAAUUUGCCCAAACCCAAAAAGAAUGACUGAACUGUAAUGAGUCUUGAGUCUUAAUGGAGAGGCCCCUCUGUCCAAAACCAAGGUUGGAUGAUUCACUAUUAUUGACGAUGUUCAUGGUGCAUAUCCAUAAAUAAUGUGGAAAUACUCACAACCUCCACAGGGCGACAGUUAAGCUAACGGUGCUAAACACACGCUGAUAACAACCACUCCA